AUGUCUCCCCAAGACCUUCGCAAAACGGCUCCCCCGAGCCAGAACCUCGGGAACCUCACGGUCCGUAAUUCGCGGCAUUGCAACCUCAACCUUUGUGUCUGCACACCUUUCCUGCCAGUUGACGAGCUGAACGCGCUCUCGUGCACGUUCGAAGGAUGCGCGAGCUCAGGCGUGUACCAUCAACACUGCAUCGAGGCGUUUUUAAAGAGCAUCCGGCUGGACAAGCAACGGAAGACGGGCUUCCAAUGUCCACGUGGCAAUGGCAAAGCGACGAAGUUCGACAAGCCGUGUCCCGGACGUAUCACCAAGUCCCACCCGAUUCAUGCUCGGAACGAAAACAGCAAGAAGCGGCGAAAGGCCAAGAUGCCCGAGCCCCCUCCAGCCCCUGUGGGAGCUGCGGGGAAGAAGGGCGGCAAAAGCAAGGACGACAAGAAGGCCGACAGUAAAUCCGGCGACGGCAAAAAGGAAGGAAAAACGAGCGAUAGUAAAAAGGAGGGGAAAGCAGGCGACGGCAGCAAGUCGAAAGGAUCAUUCUCCGUGCCCUCCUCGUCUUCCAAAACCUCCACCUCUUUACCCGCCGCCCCUGCGCCAAAGCCCACGGUCGCGCUACUCGUGCGCUCGUCUCUCCCCCCCGCUGCCAAGGCCGCCGCGUCCGUGGCCAAGUCCGCGUCUGGUGGGGCCGGCCCGACUUCCCCGUCGACUACUAGCGGGGGUAUAGGCGCGUCUGGUGGGGGCAGUGGGAGUGGGGGAGUGCCGGUGAAGGUUCUGUCUAAGUCGUGGAGUGCUGCAGCUGCGGGGCUGAAGGAUGCGGCGGCAGCAGCUGUUGGUGCUGUGGGCAGCAGUAGCGGUAGUGGUGGCGGGAGCGGGCCUGCGAAUGCGUGGUCUUCGUCGCCUGGCAUCGUGUCCGGACCUUCCAAAGGGAAGAACUCGGAGAGCAAGGCGGAAAAGAUUUCGUCCCCGAAGGACACGUCAUUGCAACAAGACGCCACUACCGGAGGCAAGGCAUCUGACAAACCUGCAGCAGGAGGAACAGGAGCCGAGGAGAAGAGCAGGAAAGACAAGUCCGGGAGCAAAGCGGCUAGCCAAGAGGGGGAAGGGAAGGCGGAGAACGGUAGUAAUAGUGGUAGUGGUAAGGGGAGUCAAUCCAGACAGAAGAAGAAAGGCAAGGAGCAAUCGGUUCCCGUACCUGCGGUUCCUGCUCCGGUGACCGCCGCCGUGCCUGCGAACUCGGUUUGGAAAGCCAAGCCUGCUGCGCUGCUGCUUCGGCCAGAGGCUGGGAAGGCUCAGGCACCGAGCCAACAGCAGGCACAGCAGCAGAAGCAGCCAUCGCAGCAGCAGCAGCAGCAACCGCAGGAGGAGCAGCAGCAGCAGGGGAAGCAGGCUGGAAGGGCGACAACAGAGUCGCAAGGGAAGGCAGAUACCACUGUCACCUCCUCUCCUGUACCUCCUCCCCCCAUCAAAACCACAACCACCGUCUCCCCAGAACCCCCUCCCCCGUCUUCCACCCAUCUCCCGUCGUCCACUUCCCUCUCCGUUUGGACCAAGGAAUCCUCCUCACUCCACUCCGCCUCUCUCCACUCCUCUCUCCAUCCCGCCCCCCCGUCCUCCUCCACUUCCUCGUCCUCCACACCAACUGAGUGCGAAUUCUCCACCACCUCAGGGCUCUCCUCCCCUCCUUCCUCCUUCCCCUCUACCCCCCGCGCCAUGGCUAGCCUUUCCCCCUCCGCCAGCAUGGGCAGUUGCGCCGACCACCUCCCUGCUGAGCCUGUUACCGAGCCUGCCUCCAGCCCAGCUGAACCGGUUGCCGAGCCUAGCGUCGUGGGGUCGGAAACGUUGUUGAGUGGGGAGGGGAGUGGGAGCGGAAGGGCGGUUAGUGAUGUGGGCGUGCAGGAGGGGUUGCGAGUGAAAGCAGAUCCGCAGGCACAGCAGCAGCAGCAGCAGCAGCCGCAACAGCAGAAACAGUUGCAGCAGCAGCCGCCGCGAAAUACGGUGUUGGCUGCAGAGGGUGUUGCAGCAGGCGAGGCCGGCAAGCACAGCAAUGUGACAAAUCCGGGCAUGGGCUCAGUAUCCGUUGAUGGCAGUGCUGCUGCUGACAACGCGGCUGCAUCUGUUGGUGCCGCCGCAGCUAGUGCUGCAGCCAUUGCUGGUUCUGCAGAGACGGCUGGUGCUGCGCCGGCUGUGAGCAGUGGACUGCGCCCGUGGAGUGAUGCGUGCCGCUUUGCCCUGGAGACGAAUCGCCGGCGAGUCUACGUGCGCCAGCUGCAAGAGCUCGGAUUCCCCCUGGGAGAGGCGGCGCAGGCGGUGCUGGUGCAUGGGGGCGACCUGGGUGGCUGUCUCAACCACCUGCUCGUCUACCACGAGUGCUCCUGCCGCCCUUCCGCCCUCUCUGCUUUCACGCCCUCCCCAUUCGUCGAUAUUUCCCUCGAGUUGCAAGCUCUUUCUGAGAUCAUGUCAGCUGGGAAAGUUUACGUGCCCGAGAGCAUAGGCAGGUUGUGGGGGGCAUCAGGAGGAGCAGCGGCAGGCAUGGCGGCACAGGACGAUUCGCAGUGGUUGUGUGGGGUGAACAGUGACAGGAGCAGCGGCACUGCAAGUGGGCUCAGCAGUUGCAGCAACAGCAGCCACGGUUAUUCGCAAUAUUCUGAAGAGGAGGGGCUUGGUGAUUCGCUGUUGCUGCUUCCAGGGGAUGAGGAGGAUCUUUUCUCCCGGAUCCUUCCUGGCCUGCUGGGCUAA